AUGACAAAUCAACAACAGGUCUCCGAGGAGACCGAAAAUCAUAUUCAGUAAGUUUAUUUUUAGAUCUAUGAAGCCGUACUGGAAGAUUUGUAAUUUUUACUAUACCAUUUGGAUAGUUCUAAUUUUAAGGAUGAUAAUGUAGGAGUAUUACUAUUUAUGAACUCUAUUUACACUCACGAUAAGAGCAGAAGUUUAUAUCGAAAUUGUCGUGUCGUUGCCCAUAGAAAAGCAAUUUUCCAUAAAGCCAACGUGAUCAGAAAUUCCUGGCUUUCUUAUCAUGAGGCUGGCAAAAAAGAGCAACAAGUCUUCUAACUUUUUCCUGCCAAGAUUUGAAGAAUCAAAAUAUGUAAAAUCAGAUAUUCUUUGUCCCUUGUAUGGUCAGCUCUCCUCAUUUUUUCUUGGGUAAAAGCUUGUUUUGGUAUCAGCGAAACUGUAAGGGUCAAACUAAAAUGUAUCAUAAUUCAUCCUUAAUAUUUCUGGUGGAACAGUAAAUUCUGAAUCCAAACCGAAUAGCAUACUCCACAGGGUGGGCCACUCGAAACGGGUAAGUUUUUUCUUUGAAUUUCUCCGCGGAGACUCCGCCGAUUUUUCUAAAAUUUAGAUUUUUCUAGAGCUGGGACCCACCAUUUUUCGGCGGAGUCUCCGCGGAGAAAUUCAAAGAAAAAACUUAUCCGUUUCGAGUAGCCUACCCUGUAUACGUCGUUUCAACCCAUCAACUUUCAGUGAAAGCCGCGAAGUUCUGAUCCGAAGCCAGCUCAAUGUCUACGAACGCCAGAAGACCGAGAAUUCGAUUACUCCGGAGCAAGCUCUCAUCCAUUUGAUCAAGGUGAUGAUGGGCACUGGAAUGCUCUCCCUUCCUUUGGCCUUCAAACACUCUGGAUUAUUUGUAAGCACGUUUCUAAUAUAAUAAAUACUUUUUAAGUUUAGCUCGGCCUCCCAUUGCUUGUACUGAUUUGUUGUGUUUGCACAUAUUGUUGUCGUAUCUUGGUCCAUUCAUCGACAUACUUAUGCCGCCGGAAAGGUCAGGAGAAGAUGGAUUACGCGAAUGUGAUGAGAAAUGCGGUGGAAUUUGGGCCCGAGUGGAUCAGUGGAUGGGGAUAUUUCGCGAAGUAAGUGAUCUUUUUGUGACGGUUCCAAGAAGCCAGAAAUUUUGAAAAAAAAUUGCUACCAACUGGAAAAGGCAGUCGGGAGGUUCUAAAAUCAAAAUCCCUAUAAUCUCCCUAUGUACUGGCAUAAAAUAUGGCAUUCUUUUUGACUUUUCGUACUUUCUACACUAAAAUAUCUUCUUUUCGGUACGAAAUUUGUGACAUUUUUACCAAAAUAAUGCAUUUUUUACCUCGACCGAUUUUCUUCAGAAAUGUCGUCAACUUGAACAUGUUCAUUGCCCAGAUCGGAUUCUGCUGCGUCUACUUUGUUUUUAUGGCCGACAAUCUGAAGCAGUUCUUCGACGAGACAUCAGAAAUUCACAUCUCUCAAGCCGGUUGGAUCGGUCUUCUUCUGAUCCCAAUUUUCUUCCUUUGCACAAUCAGACAGCUCAAAGUUUUGGCGCCAUUUGCUUUGAUCGGAAAUGUGGUUUACAUAGUCGCUGUGACAAUUGUGAUCUAUUAUUUGUGCUCGCAUUUACAACCAAUUACAGCGGUCAAAUACGUGGGACAUUGGGAAGACAUGCCUCUGUUCUUUGGGACAGUGAUGUUCGCGUUUGAGGGGAUUGCUGUGGUAGGUUUUAUCAAGUGAAUAUGCCAUGUUUAUCAUUUUCGAUUCUGGUGAAAUCAAGGCAUGAAGAUCAGCAUCUUUUCAGAUUCUUCCAAUCGAAAAUCAAAUGGAUGAACCCCAUCAUUUCAUCUCCAACACGGGAGUUCUCAACACGGCCUGUUUACUAGUCCUCUGCGUAUAUUGCACCACUGGAUUCUACGGCUACUUAGCUUUUGGAGAAGCAGUCAAAGAUACCAUCACUUUGAACCUUCCCAAUGAAUGGUUCUACCAGUGCAUCAAACUGAUGUUCGUUGGCUGCAUCCUGGUCUCGUUUCCAUUACAAUUCUACGUUCCAAUUGAAAGGAUCGAGAAAUAUAUUUCGAGGAAACUACCGCAAGAUCGCCAGGAGUUCUUCAUCUACUUUGCCAGAUAUUCGUUGGUCAUUGUGGCUUGUAAGUCAUACCCAUUUCGGGUCACCCUAUUCUAGGUCUGCUCGCCGAAUUGAUCCCGCAUUUGGCUCUGUUUAUCUCCUUGAUUGGCGCCUUUGCCGGAACGGCGUUGGCGCUUCUCUUCCCUCCAGUAAUUGAUCUUCUUACUCAUUGGGCCCAGUGCACAUUGUCGCCUAAAGUUUGGCUACUGGAUCUGGUACUUAUGGGCUUUGGGUUGCUCGGCUUUUUGACGGGAACUUAUGCGAGUUUAUUGGAGAUUGCAAAGGCCUUUGGAAAUGAGGAUCCGCUGUAG